AUGCAGUGGGUAAAGUACAGUGUCUGUGGUUACGUUACGUUAUUAUUGAUGUUAUUUGAUGCUAAAAUUGUCAAUACUAUGACAUCGUUAUGCGAGUGGUCNUUAGAAUCUAAACAAACUACUGAGAGAAACCGUGUACUUAACAGUCGUUAUGCGAGUGGUCCAACCGGAGUUAAUGGUAGAGAAAUCAUUGGUCCAUUUAGGUAUGGGCAACGGAAUUUACCGGCUGGAGUAGUUGAACUUCAACUAAAGAAUGACCAAAAUAUUAUAUCAGCUGAAAGAAAAGGACAACAUCCAGCUAUGUACGAAACUCCGCAAACGUACGAGUAUAUGAAUAAUCCAAUGAAAAACCAAAAGUCUCGUGUACCGUUAACGGAACAACGUCCACCGGGUGAUGACGUCGAACUUAUAUACAGUUCAAACGAUAAAGUACGUAGCAAUGAAGAUAGUGAGAAAUUCUUUAACCAAACCACAAUUGAACCGCAGAAAAAUAAUAAUGGAUCCAUUGAUAAAGAUGGUGAGAGUGAAACAGAAGAUCUUUCCAAUGAAAUGGCUGAAACUAGUCGCAUGGGAUACAUAAAUGUUGAAUCAAUGGCUAGAGGUUUAGAAGAUGUAGACUCCAGAAAAAAAUAUCCGUUCAAACAUAAUUCUAACAAAAAGAACGAAAAUAUUAUAAAACAAGCUGUCGACAAAGAUGGUAAAAAUACGAGUCAGGAUCUCCUCAAAACUGAGGCAACUGAUCAAAAUCAGGUUAAUUUGCAGGAUCAGCAUGAUGAACCCAUUGUGAAGCAAGUAUUACAAUAUGAUGUAAAAAAAGAAAUAAAAAACAGACAACCAACUUACAAAACACCUAUUAGCACCCGUGGUCGUCAUUACGGUUUGCAACAAUGGAAUGGUCAGCCGGCAUUAACCAAUUAAUUGUAAAAUGUAUACGAUUUAAUGGUUAAUUUAUUUUUAUUGUUUAAAAAGACUGGAUUAAUUUAAGUAGCUAAUUAAAUUUUUUUUUCAUUCGUGCUGUUAAUAACCUAAAGGUGUUCAAAUAUUUUCCAAUAACCUAAGCAAAUUGAAUAACAUUGAACUAAGGAAACGUAGCUAUAAUUACUUUUUUACAAAGUGCAAUAUUAAUGUUAUCAAUACCCUUAUACUUCUUACAUCGUACCUUAAUGAUUAAUGACCCCUGUUUUUCCUUAAAUUAAAUUAUCAAUUAUUUUAUAUCAUAAUUUAAAAAAAAAAAUAUAUCAGUAGUAAUUUAUAUUAAACCAACAUAUCAUAAUAUAUUACACAAAUGAACUAUUUCAGUGAAAGCUUAAAAUUAACACAUUUAAUUGAUUUGUAAUUAUAUUUUUAUCUAUUAUAUGGUCAUCGCAUUCCAACCAUUUUAUAAGGUUUAUCAACUACUAUGUUAACUAGUAGUCCGUUUUCGGUGUUUUUAAUACAUAGUGCAUUUUAUAGCAACUAAUUUUAUUACCAAUGCAUAUAACUUUCAUUCUUAGUAAUAAGCAAAUAAUCAGACAGUGUUUUAGAGUCCAUAAAAAUAGGAAUUAUAACUGUCAUUUUGGAUUAAUUGAAUUCUAAAUAAUCAUCACCAAAUUUUUUAUUAAAAUGAUAUAAAAUAUUUUCAUACAAAUCUUUUAUCGGUAUUUUAGUUUAUUGGAAGUUGGUUUUUCAUCAAAAUAUUAUAGCGUACUAUAAUAUU